AUGCCAGAAACCGAGGUUCCAGUGGAGAUGUUGCCUCGCGAACCGCCGGAGCGGCGUCCCUUCGACCUCGAUGCCGCCGUGUUCCUUGCCGACUUCGCGUUCGAGGCCUACAGGGAGCCAGGAAAGGUGGCUUGGGAAGUGCCCGGGCCCAGCAGCGUUCGCUUCAAGGAGGGCGCGUUCGUGUCCAAAGUCUUCCCGGGGCUUCUGACGGUGUCCUUGCUUGCCGCGGAGGGGCUUCCCGUCGUUCUCGAGCCCGUCGGUGGCGACGCCGGCAAGCGAGAGCGGGAGAUCAACCCGUCCGUAUCCAUGGUCCUCGCUGAUGAGGACAUGAGGAGCGGGACCUUGACGUCCGUCAAGCGACCACUCCCCGGGGGUCGAUGUUGGGGCGAGCUAUUCUCGAUGCACGUGCACGAUCCGGAAACGAGCGUGCUCGAGGUGGGCCUGUGGGACAAGGGCGAGGAGGGAGCCAUCCCCUUGUCCGUGACGGGCGUCUUCCGGGGGGACGGCGGAAAGCAGCUGGUGGGCACUGCCAGGGUACCGCUUUGCAAGGUCCUGAAGGGCAUGUCUAAGGGCAGAGACGACGCUUGGACCGGGUGGGUAGAAAUAGACCCGAUCGCUCUGCCGGACGACGAAGACGAGGAGGAUGUCAUAAAAACUAAUGCUGACGCUGAUCGUGUUGGCGGCAGCGAUCGUCCAUUGGCAGCGGCGCGGCUACACCUGGACAUCCGUUUCGCUCCGAUGGAGAGGUACCAGGGAGACGACCUCCCGACGGCCCCAAGAGCAUCCGAGGAGGACGUUGGGGGCGUCGGAACUCUGGCCGGGUCGAUGCGCGCGCGAUGGCAGAACCUCGUGGGUCAGGAUGAUACCGCGGCCGCCGGCGGCAGCGAGGACACUGCCGCUGCCGCCGCCGCCGUCGCCGCGGAUGGCGAGGGAGUGGAGGUGUACGCCCCCGGGCUCUCGGCCAACCGGACCUUCCUGUACAAGGAGGACGAGGAGGGUGGCGGUGUCAUUGCCGGCAGAAUGGACGGCGGCAACAGCGGUGGCCCCGGCGGCGGCGUCGGCGACAACUUGAGCUCCGCAAGAAGAAGCGAGGGCAGCAGCGCCAGCGGCGGUAGUGGCCGAAGCAGCGGUCCCACCGAGGGCGAGGGCGGAGGAUUCUGGAAGUGGGGGGGGGAGGCGGGCGGGGAUAAGGCCAAACGCGGCGGCGGCGGCGGCGGCGGCGGUAGCGAGGGCAAGGCUAAGGUCAAGAGGAAGCGCAAGCCGGUGGUGCUUAGGGAGGACGGCAUGCCCGACUGGAGCGUGCUGACGAACCGGGUGGACGGGCUUGCGGAGCAGGCGGGGUCCUUCGAGUUCAUGUGCUUCAUCGACAACCACGACACCGACACGCAGGUCGGGGUCUGGCGCGACGAGGCCAAGAAGCGUCUGGUCGUCUCCUUCCGAGGCACGGCGCAGCUCGAGGACGAGGACCUCGAUCAUUCGGGCGUCACCCAGAGGGCGGUGCUCCCGGCCGUCGAUGACGUCAUGGCCGCGGUGCGGGAAACUACCGCCGGCUGGAAGAAGGAAAGGGUGCAGCCGAUCCCGGUUACCCUCGCGCAGCAGAAAGUGCACAUGCUUGAGUCGAUGAACAAGCUUCUCGAUACCAGCAGAGAGCUCCUCAAGGACCUUCAGGACACCACCACGGCCUCCGCCGCCGGCGGUGGCGUCAAGCAGCUGAAGAGCGGCGACACGGCUCCUGACGGUGCGGCAACCGCUGCCGCCGCGACCUCGCAAGACGGCGGCGGUGUCGAGAGCGGGGGCUCCGCUGUCGGAGCGCGACCGGCGGACGAGAUCCUGUCGGCGGUGACGGGGUUGCUGAGGCUCGGGGGCCCCGCAGAGCCGGCCUCCGCCGACGUGGGGGGGGUACUGACGACAACGGCAACGGCGGCGGGUACCACUGCUGCUGCUGCCACCUCCGGUGGUGGUGGUGAGGAGGAGGAGAGGAAGGUGGGGGGUACCGCUGCCGCCGCUGCCGCCACCGCCGCCACGAACCUUAUUAACCUGCUCGACAGCAGCAACGACGCCACCGGCGGCGGCGGAGCCGCCGCCGCCGCCGCCAACACCACCGCUAGCAGUGACGGUGAAGACGAUAGUAUCGGCAGGCGUGUCGUCGGCAAGCUGUGGAAGCGGUGGAAGGGAGAAGGACAAGGAGCGGGAGGCGCGGGCGGCGAGACUUCCAAGGCCCCCAAGGCGCCGGGGCUGAGUGGCGAGAGAGGGCUGGCGGACACCCUCACUUGGGCUCAGCAAGUCGCCGAGCAGAAGAUGGACGAGAUGGCCUCCUCCCAGACCUUUAUCGGUGAGGAGACGAGGAGACAGAUGCAGCUGCUGAGCGAGGGAAAGGUGAACGCCACGGAGAGCAGGGAGAUUUUGGCGGGCUUCUUCCGGGAGCAGCUGGAGAAGGUCGAGGCCACCAAGGAGCUUGUGUACAGGGUGGAGGAGUUCCGAGAGAGCCUCGGGGAAGUGGGUGUGGAGUGGGACGGCCAUGCU